CGCAUCGCACCUUCGUCAUCCAACGACCGUCAACAGCUCAUCAGCCCGUCGAUCUCGUCGCAUUUCCCUCUUCGAUUCUGCCGACAGUUUGCUUCGUUCAACGUAAACCACAAAACACAACACCGCCAAAAUGGUUUCCGAAUACUGCCCCGUUUACUCGCCCUUCUUCGGUGCUAUGGGCUGCACCUGCGCCAUCGUCUUCACCUGUCUCGGUGCCUCCUACGGUACCGCCAAGUCUGGUGUCGGUAUCGCUGCCAUGGGUGUCCUCCGACCCGAUCUUAUCGUCAAGAACAUUGUCCCCGUCAUUAUGGCUGGUAUCAUCGGUAUCUACGGUCUCGUCGUCUCGGUUCUUAUCUCGGAUGGUCUGAAGCAGCACCUGCCCCUUUACACUAGCUUCAUUCAGUUCGGUGCUGGUCUGUCCGUCGGUCUUGCUGGUCUUGCCGCUGGUUUCGCUAUUGGUAUUGUUGGUGAUGCUGGUGUCCGAGGAACUGCUCAGCAACCCCGUCUCUUCGUCGGCAUGAUUCUGAUUCUGAUUUUCGCCGAAGUCCUGGGUCUUUACGGUCUGAUUGUCGCCCUGCUCAUGAACUCCAAGGCCAACGUCGAGGCUACCUGCUAAAUUCGACACGGCGACGCGACGUGUUUGGAAGACAGCUUGACAACUCCUCAACCACACGAGCUGCUCUCUCUAUCAUGUCUUGACUACACAAGACAAACGGCGUUACAGUUUUCUCCGUCGGUCUUCUAGCAGGAAACACGACGGGAGAUUUGGGACGUGGGCGCAGGCUUGGGCAUGGUGAUUGAUAUUUCCGCCCCCCUUGCGCAUAAAUCGGAUAAUUGAACUCGAGCUACUGAUAUAUUUUUGUUGGUUGGGGAUGGAUGGGACGCGACGAAUCGGAGGGUUUCUGUAAAAUAGUGUCAACAUGCGUGUUAUUCUCUGGGUGGCUUCUCAUUAUAGACGCUGAAGGGACUCAAGUAUCUAUGUACGCUGCCGCUAAUUGUUUUGUUCCACGUUUCG